AUGCCACCAAAGAGGAAGGCCACCGAGCCAGAAGCUGAACAGCCCAAUGGCUCGCACGCCAGCAAAAAGGGUCGUCCCGACUUGCACCAACCGCACCCAAAUGCGAAGCAAACCGAGGAUUUCGGCAUAGUCCUACGCCAAUUCUAUCCCCCCGAGAUGAACAACGAGCGCUGCCAAGCAUACACCGAUGGCGAGCUGGAACGCCCCAUUGAAACACUACAGAAAGCUUGCCGGGAAACCGCCGACAAGCGCCGAUCAAUCGACGUGGGUAGCGCCGUGGUACAUUGGUUCAAGACCGAUCUCCGGCUCCAUGACAGCAGGGCACUGCACACGGCCUAUCAAUUUGCGAAAGAGAACCAGGUCCCAUUGAUUGGCCUUUACAUCGUCUCUCCCGAAGAUUGGACUGCACAUUUGACUAGCCCCGCCCGAGUGGACUUCACCCUGCGCACGCUCAAGCGAUUGCAGCAGGAUCUGGGGGAGUUGGAUAUCCCUCUGUACAUGGAAACACAGGAGAAACGGAAGGCGAUCCCGGAACGGAUUGUGGAAUUGUGUCAACAGUGGGGCGCAAAAAGCCUGCAUGCGAACAUCGAGUAUGAGGUUGACGAACUGAGGCGUGAAGCUAAGCUUGUUAGACUUUGCGCGGACAGCGAUAUCAAUUUCAACCCCACACAUGAUACAUGUGUGGUCACUCCGGGAGCGCUGGCUAGCCAGCAAGGAAAACAGUACGCCGUUUACACUCCAUGGUAUCGCUCUUGGUUGGCGUUUCUGAAAGAGAACCCGGAUUACCUCGAGAUCUCUGAGGAACCAGGUUCAAACCCAGGGAAUGCGCGUCGGCAAUUGAAAGACCUGUUUGAUUGCAAGGUGCCAGCCGCGCCUAAAACUCACAUCUUGUCGGACGAAGAUCAGAAACGCUUCGAGGGACUUUACCCAGCUGGUGAGCAUGAAGCUCUCCAGAGACUGGAUACAUUCCUCGAGGAGAAAGGUAAAAAGUAUGAGGAGUUGCGGAGCAUGUUGUCUGGUGAGCACACUUCGGUGUUGAGUCCCUACCUUGCAUGCGGAGCGCUCAGCGCAAGAACUGCUGUCGUGACAGCAAAAAGGACCAACAAAGGUCACCUCGAUCGAUAUGAUCCCGGGUACAUGACCUGGAUCAGCGAGCUGGCCUGGCGUGACUUUUACAGGCAUGUUUUGGUGAACUGGCCGUUCAUUUGUAUGAACAAAUGCUUCAAGCCUGAGCAUACCAACAUUGAAUGGGAAUACGAUAAAGACCAAUUCCAAGCCUGGUGCGAUGGCAAGACAGGUUUCCCGAUCGUCGACGCAGCAAUGCGCCAACUCCGUCACUGCGCGUGGAUGCACAACCGCACACGCAUGGUCGUCUCAUCUUUCCUUACCAAGGACUUGAUGCUUGAUUGGCGCCGUGGCGAGCGCUACUUCAUGGAGAAUCUGAUUGAUGGCGAUUUCGCAUCCAAUCACGGCGGGUGGGGAUUUGGGUCUAGUACUGGUGUGGAUCCGCAGCCAUAUUUCCGCAUCUUCAAUCCUCUUCGCCAGAGUGAGCGAUUUGACCCGGAGGGUGACUAUAUUCGUCACUGGGUGCCGGAACUGCGCGAGGUGUCUGGCAAAGCCAUCCACGAACCUUAUGCGAAGGGGGCGGCGGCCAUUGCGCAGAAGAAUGGCUACCCCAAGCCCAUUGUGGACCACGCUGAGAGUCGAGAUCGAGCUUUGGAGCGGUUCAAGAGUCGCAUUGUGAUCAAUAUUGAUCAGAUGAGAAUGGAGUCCCAGGGUGAUCAGCCGUCUCCGGGUCCCGACUCGGUCGAGGUUGAGCUAGCAAAUGGAAAGCGACGAUGGCGCCGAAACAGAGUCGCCUGCGACUCAUGCCAUACUCGCCGUGUACGAUGCGACCGUGCUUUCCCCUGCUCGAGAUGUCUGCGCGGUGAUAUCAGCUGCCAAUUUACCCGCGAGCGCCGGAAACGAGGACGUAUCGCGAGAUCGAAACUGAAAAAUGGAGAGGCGAAUGCCGAGGACGAAACAGCCCAAGACCCCACCGAGGGGAAACAGGCUGAUGGGGAAUACAACCGCGAGUCGCAGUCGCAGCAGGUGCUGUCGCCAGUUGACAAUAAUUCUCCUGCAUCCACCUUCCACCAGCGAUCGCCGGCAACAAAUGAGAUCAGCGCCGUCUCGGCGCACAGUGUUGAAGACCCUCGGUCUGUGCCGGAUCGUCCACAGCCGCAGCGGGCAGGCCCUGCCGCGAAUAUCACGGAGGAAUGGCUUUCAGCGGCACAUCUGUCGCCAGACUCGUAUGAUCUACUUGCAGGUACGGGCGGCAGUGACGCGCCUCUGCCUCGGUUGAUGGAUAUUUGGAAUCCGGUUGAUUUCGCUGGCCACCGACCAGUCCAGCGCGCCCCUCCCAUACCAUCUGUGUCGGGGGCGAACGUUCCCAGGCAAAGACAUCCAUCGACCUCCCGGUCGCCAUUGAAGUACCCUGUGUUGGAACCGCUCAUGCCAUUCCUCGAAUCGAACCUCCCACGUCGACUGGUGUGCGAUCUGCUUGAACUGUACUUUACCAGUGCUUUCUCAACCCAUAUGCAUCCUGUGUGCCAUCAUAUCCACUGCUACGUCCUACGAAAGACCUCUUUUUUAAGUGUCGAUCGCCCUAGGCCAACUAGUCCUGCCUUGCUGGCAAGUAUGCUCUGGGUAGCUGCUGUGGAUGAUCGCGCCUUCUCAUUAUCUAUCUCACCAUUACAACGGAGAAAGAUAUGCCAGUUUCUCUGUGCGUUAAUUAUUCGCUUACUGCGACCUUUGAUACAUGUCUCGUUCAAAGACCAAAAUCCAUCACCCGCCGAAAACGCGACCACCCACGAAUUUCCAGCUGGGGCUCACCACCCAUUUGAAGGAGUCGGUGACGAUAAAGGGCUGGUAGGCCCCGCUGGGUCUUUAGACGAUGUUAUUACCUAUAUCCAUGUGGCUUCAAUUAUCUCUUCUAGUGAACAGAAGGCUGCAAGUAUGAGAUGGUGGCAUGCGGCCUUUACACUAGCUCGCGAACUUAAAUUGAACCAAGAGAUGGAAAUAACACCCAAUAUCGACAGCAUGAGCGAUGGUUCAAGUCCGUCCUUCGGCUACGGCCUAGGCGGAUGGCCUGGUUCCCCAGGUGGACUGGGUUUGGAGUAUUCGAGUACCUCGCGCUCAAGCCUGAAUUGUGUAUGUGACAAGAACCAUGACUUGCAUAGUGGUCCUAUUACAGAAGAGCACCGCGAAGAGCGGCGCAGAACCUGGUGGCUGCUAUACAUCAUGGACCGCCAUCUCGCAUUGUGCUAUAAUCGCCCGCUAGCCCUACUCGAUGCCGAGAGCGAAGACUUGUUGCUUCCACUGGAUGAAAGCUGCUGGCAAGCAGGGAUCAUUCACAGCAAUAGUCCUCGUCCAGAUGGGCCUCAGUGCCCCCGGUCGGGCGACCAAAACAAACGUCGCGUUUUCCCCAACUUCAUUUGCCACGACCACUCUAUUCUUGGCUUUUUCCUCCCGCUCAUGACAAUCACUGGCGAACUGAUCGAUUUAAACCAGGCGCGAAACCAUCCUACUCUUGGUGUCCGGCUUCAAGGAAAAGAAGCGUGGGAGGUUCACGUGUCGGAAGUGCUGCGCCAACUUGAGGUCUACAAAGCUAGUCUCACUACCUUUGCGGCGGCGACAGCGGCAGACCCAGCGGCCUCAUCGACGACUGCCUACACCCACAAUCCAGAACCUGUCGACCCGCAAUUGUCUCAGGCUUAUUCUUGGCAUACCCAAACCGUCAUUGCCUAUUCCUCCUACCUAACCCACGUCCUCCAUAUCCUGCUUGUCGGAAAGUGGGACCCUGUCUCACUUAUCGAAGACAAAGAUUUCUGGACAUCGUCCCCGGCUUUUGCAUCGACCAUCUCACACGCACUGGAAGCCGCCGAUUCCGUGCAACAAAUCCUCCGCUUCGACCCAGACGUUAGUUUCAUGCCUUACUUCUUCGGCAUCCAGCUGCUGCAAGGUAGUUUUCUCCUGCUGCUUAUCGUAGAGCGCCUGCAAAAGGAAGCUGGCGAGGGGAUACUCAACGCUUGCGAGACCAUGAUCCGAGCCACAGAAUCGUGUGUCGUCACCCUCAACACGGAGUACCAGCGCAGCUUCCGGCAAGUGAUGCGCUCUGCGGUUGCCCAGGCUCGGGGUCGCCCGGUUAACCCAAGUGAAAUUCGGCAUCGCCGAAAAGCGGUUCUUGCACUUUACCGCUGGACGCGAAAGGGGACUGGACUAGCCCUGUAA